AUGCACGAGUCUGACUCGCUCGCUCGCUCGCCCAACGCCGACGAGUCGUCCGCCGUUACCAUUGUUGGCUUUGUCGUCCCCCUCCCCUUCCCUCCGGAUGCUUCUACCACGACGACGACGCGCAGGGCAUGUCUGAUCCGUCCUACUUCUCCCCUCCCCGAAGAGGAGCGAACGUCUCUUCGACGACCCUUCUCAAAACGCCUCGCGGAGCAAGUAGCGCCUCGGGCGUCGAGGCCUCCCCAACUGCCUCGACCGCUUCCUGGCGCCCCGCUUCGGCCUCAGCUUCGGGCGCGACUCAGGCUGCCCAGCACCACCGCAUUCAUCAUCAUUCGAGUGCUUCACCGCUUGUUGGGAGUCCCGGGAUUAAUGCAGCGAAUGGGUUAGAGUCCUCCGGGUCACCUUCGGCUUAUAGUCCUAGGGUGUACCCCAGGGCACCGAGUGAGAGUCCAACGAGGAGUUCAGAGCAGGGCUUCAACAUGAGCAAAGGUAGCAGUGGUGGUGGUGAGCCGACUAGGACGACGCCUUCGACGCCGACGAAGAUCACGUCGCUGCCGUCUCCGAGGAAAGCGGCCAUGUCCCCAUCGAGAACGAGAAAUUCGACGACGGGUCGGCCGGGGAAGGUCACGGGAUCAAGAGGGUUUUAUACGAUCCCUUUGAUACGGAGGAGGGUGAAGAUCAGAUUCUGGACGAUCGUAGUGGGGCUCGUCGUUUUGGUCGGUUGGUGGAAGUGGGGGAACGGAGGGUCGGGGUUGGACGGCAUAGGCCGUGACUCGUCCGACGAAGGCGAUUCGUUCGAGUCGAGUGGUGGGCUGAGGGGGAAGUUGAAUGAUGUUUCAGAGAUGUUGAGGAAUGAAGGUGGGGGGAGAGGGUUGAAGAAACAGAUCAAGAGGAAGGCGUUCACCAAGGGGAGUCGAGGAGGCAAAGUUGCGGGUCAAGUCCCUCGCGCUCAGCAAGAGGAGGAUGAAGAAGGAUCCGACGACGAUGACAAGCCUGUCGAAGAAGGGCAGGAUGCACCACCUCAAACAUCCGGUCGACCAAAUCGAAGAAACUCACAGGAACGGGAACGAGCGACGAAGAAAAGAGUCGGAACGACCAAAGAUGGACCCCCUUCGGGACGGAGAGCUUCUUCGGCACCAAAGCGCUUGUCGUUGCAGGAAUGGUCGACGGAUACAUGUCAAACGUGUUUGGUCGACCCGAGGGAUCCGCUCUGUGUUUACGGGGUUGAUAAUAUUCGGCUGUCAAGGGGGUACGAGGGUUCGGGAGUGCGGAUACGCAAGAUGUUGAGCAAGGCUUUGAAAGGGGAAGUCGUGCGGAUCGUGAGUCCUUGCGUGUAGGGGUUGAGGCCAGCGAUACGAGGGAACCUGGCGCCGACAUUUCCUCCUGACGCUUUCAGGGUCUGAUCGGGGGCAAGAUCUCGGCAGGUCAAGGGUUGGGCGACAAGUCAAGCUGGUUUGAAAUCUUUUCCCGCGAGUUCCAAAAGACGUUUCCUCGCUCGCAGUUCAUCGACGGGUCCAAAGGGUCUUCGGUCCCAACGGCGUUCCACUCGUACUGUCAUUCGGCUUCGCUGCCUCGGGAUCUGGAUCUCUACUUUGUCGAACUGGACAUUGAUAAUGGAUCCUUGGGUCGCACACUCGAAGAAGAGGACACGCUCUAUCGGAGUCUGUUGCUCUUACCGCAAGCUCCCGCGAUGAUCCGAGUCUCGACUUUCGACCUCUCGGACAGAGAUACGACGACGAGUCUCGCUUCGGCGUUCUUGACCUCGCGGCAUUUCGACGUUCCCCUUAUCACGGUACGCGAGAUACUCCAGUUGAGGAUCUUUUCGUGGACCUCGAGCGCAAGUCAAUGGUUCGUCAAGGCGAGUGAUGGCGUUUCGACGGAUUGGGGGGUGAUGAAUCCUAAAGCGCAUCAGGUGCUGGGGGAUGUGGUGACGUUGUAUGCGAGGGAGAUGGCGUGCGAGACGAAGAGGAGACAGGGGAUGCCCAAGGAGGUGUUGGAGGUCAAUGAGGAUAAGUGGCCAACCCAAGGUGUGGUUGGGAUCGUACCGAGGGCCAAGAGUGAGUUGGAGCUAGGUCCGGUCAUUCGAUCUUGGCGUUCAGAAGGAUCUAAUGCUUCUUGCUUUUAUUCCCACCAUAGUCUGGGACUCGCACUCGAGCCUUGACGACCCUUCCUACGAACCGACCCCGUUUUCCCCUCACUGCAUGUUCGGAAAUUCCUUGUACGCCCCCUUGGUGCACCUUCCCGACCCUUCUUUGACCACACGCGAAGCAUGGCAAGCCGACGUGUGGGACGACCAAGCCGGCUACGUCUCUUCGACCGUCGAUUCCCUCAUCUCGUUCUCCUUUACGGGAUCCCAAGUCGGUUUGUUCUACUGGCAAACGGAUGGGAUUCACCAUGGCGUCAGAAUUGCGCUGCAACAACCCGGCCGAGCAAGAUGUUGGGUCGACGAUGAAGCUCUUGCUGAAGUAGCGGGGAAGAGUGUGCAGAUCGAGGCGUUUGGUCAGGAGAGGCAGGGGUCUAAAUUUGCUUGGACGUCGGUUGUGGGCAAGGGGGAUGCGCUGGUUUUCGGUGAACAUAGAGUCAGCUGUAGAAUCGUACAGCCGAGCUCGACGGAAGGGCAUGAGGUUAGGAUACUCGGGGUCGCGUCGCAGUGA